CCGGAAAUCCACGCCUCCUCCUUACAGUAAGCCUCCGCCCCAUAUUGAUUUGCAUAAAACCGCUUGACCCGUAGAUCCCUCCUCACUGUGCCUCGCCGGUGUUGUUGUAUUUUCACGCUUUUAAAAACAAAUUGACUGUAUUUUUGUUUCAUUGUAAUACCCAUCAAACAUGGCUCAUGUCAACAUUUGCGUCAAACGGCUUCUGACCAUCUUCAACAUCUUCUUUGCGAUUAUCGGCGGUCUCAUCAUCGCCUUCGCUUUCAUCGGGCAGACACUGAGCAACAGCCAUGGAGGAGGAAACAUCGAGGGUCGGGGCAUUGGCCUCAUCGGACUGUAUCUGUUUGGAUCCGUAACCAUGGUGAUCGCUGUGCUGGGAGCCUAUGGUUCUCACAAGGAGAGCAAAGGCUGCCUGAUCGCUUUCCUGGUCUGUAUGGUGAUUGGAAGUCUGAUCAUGCUCCGCGGCGGGAUCCCUAUCGCCACCGUGCGCCCCAUGCUGGGUGAUAUCCUUGAGGAGAAGUUAAGGAUGGCUGUGCCUCUCGACACGGCGUCAAGCGAAGACAGGGUCAUGGUUGAGAGCAUACAGCACGAGCUGCAGUGCUGCGGUCUGUUCAGCUACAGGGACUGGGAGGACAGCAUCCCCGACACGUGCCUGUGCAACGGAGACGAAGAGAUGGAGGGGAUCUGCAAGACCGUCGAUACCGCACACCAGGAGCCGAAGGAGAUCUACGAGAAGGCGUGUUUCCCGAUCGUCCGUCAAUACUUCCUGCUCAUUGCCGACAUCGCGAUCGGAGUCUGCUUCACUCUGGCUGUUCUGGCGCUGCUGGGCCUGGCUCUGAGCUCGGUGAUGAUCCAUCAGAUCCGUCACGGCGUCCGUGCCCCGAUGAUGAUGACGAUCCCCGCCAUCUUCUCCGCCAUGCCGCCCAAAUACGAGGAGCUGAAAAGCCCUCCGGAGUAUUAAACUCUCCUCCUCCUCUUCCUCUUCCUCUUCCUCUUCAUGUAUUCAUUCAGCGCCAUAUCGUGCCUUACUGUGACAUCGGGUUUAUUCUCUAAUGCAAAUCAGCUUUUUGAAAAAUCUGAAGAAAUCAUUAUUUUAGUUUAGAGUGAAUCGGAUGGAUUAAUCACGGAUGGUUUUUUGUCUGAUAACGUUAAACAUUAGGUCGUCUAGGUUGCAACAUAUUUAGUUUAAGAACAUUUUGAGACUUUAUUCUCUCCAUUUUGGCUCGUUUUUAAGCAGCGUCACAAUUAAAACAAAUUAUAAUAAAUACGUUUUGGCUUUAGAUUAAUUUCUAAUACACGAUUUGAAUUUGCGACAUUUUGGCAAUUCAUUCCUUAAAAUGUGACUGUUUUCUAAGGAACUGUGUGUUCCAUAUUUUACAAAAGAAAAGGAUAUUAGUGAAAUUUUAAAGUGUUUAUAAUUAAAAAAAAUCCCAGAAAGGCUUAGAGUCAAACGUCAUUGAAAAAUCACUAAUUUAAAGGUUUGAUAAAGUCUUGAAUUAUUUUUUUUUAAAUAUUAAAGGUGGGGUAGGUAAUUCACUUCAGAAACACUUGUUAUAUUCCAUGGCAUGCUCUAAACAUCCCGAUAGCAAUGCAUAUCUUAAAAGGUACUUUUCUUUUUCUUAAUUGCUUGAAACCAUCAAAUGAAUGUAGUUUGAUGACCGAAGUGCCUUCAAUGCUUUCACUGAAAGUCAUUUUUUUUACAUUUAAUGGGUCUUUUUAACGCACAAAGCUUUGCAACGUGAAUGUAUUAUCUUCCACUUUGACUUAAAUCUACCAAAAACAUAUUUUAUAUUUAAGAUAUCUUUAGUCAAACGUGUAAAAACGUUAUUUUGAAAUUCAAAUGCUUUUAGUUUGAAAUCCAGAAAAAAUGUUAUUUUGAUUGAAAUGUGUAUUUUAAAAAGGGAGAAAGUCUUUAAUUAAACUUUGGAUACAAAGGGAAAAAUGCUUUUAUUUGUGCUGUUUGUCUCUUUGUGACUAAAGCUGUAAACUGAUGACUUUCAGAAAAUAAAAAAAUACAAAACAAA